AUGAAAAAAUUCCUAAAGAAAUAUAACUUUCCGGAAAAAAACAUCACAAUCUUAACAGAUGAUCAACAGGGGUCAUCCAUUCCUACGAGAGAGAACAUCCUCAAGGCUAUGGAACAGCUUGUUGAAGAUGCCAAGCGGGGUGAUUCUGGCCAUGGGGGUCAAGUAAGAGAUAAAAACGGAGAUGAAGAAGAUGGCUAUGAUGAGACCAUUAUGCCCCUCGAUUUUGAAACGAAUGGACCGAUUGUCGAUGACAUAAUGCAUGAUAUUUUAGUAAAACCCUUGCCGGAAGGUGUGCGCCUGACUGCGAUUUUUGACUCGUGCCACUCGGGGACUGCCCUAGAUUUGCCGUACAUAUAUUCUACCAAUGGCUCAAUCAAACGACGUAGCCUCAUUGCUGAAGGAGGAGCGGCCCUUGCAAAUAUCUGGUGGGCAAAUGUAAGAGGUGAUUUUGAGUCGAUACCGAACCAUCUCCUUGGGUUUUAUGUGAGGGUAUUCAAGGGAGGGAAAAUUAGAGAGAAAAAUAGACUGGAAAAAAGUAGUAAAGCUGAUGUCAUCAUGUUUGGCGGAUGUAAGGACAUGCAGUAUUCUGCUGAUGCGCAGGAAGAUGGAAAGUGUAUUGGAGCGAUGUCACACGCUUUUAUAACGGCAUUAUCGACGGAUUGCAACAUAUCCUACCUGGAGCUAUUGAAUACGGUUCGCAGUCAGCUGUCAUCAAAGUACUCACAGAAGCCACAGCUUAGUGCCUCUCAUCCGUUCGACUUGAAUGACGCAUUCAAAAUGUAA